UCUUGAAGGAAUCCCUUUUUUGAUCACGCUAGCCGCAAUUUAUUGGAGAAAGAAGAUGUUGUCUGGCAGGGCCUAUGCUCCUGGACUGUUGGAUUGUGUCAAGAUGGGCUCGGCCACAACCAUUUGCACUGACACGACUCCAUUGAAUUCGGUGGAUGUCGACAUGUGCUUCGUUGGUGAUGAAGUCAUCAAAACGGGCUUCAUUGAUGUGAUGGCUGAACCCCUUCGAGAAGCUUUUUGUGAUGGUAUUAGUACCCCACUUGUUAUGCCGUCGAGUCCAUGCAGGGUAACAGAAGAUCCUCUCGUUCCAUGGGCUGCAUCAAAUGUAAAGAUGAAUCUUGACAUUUUGAGGCAGAAUCGCAGAAUUGUGAAGAUAAAAGGAUUGAGCUCGAAUGAAGAAGGAAGUGGAGUGUUGUUGAAGAAGAAUAUUGGUAAUGGGAGAGAAAUCUUGUGUUCGCAUUGGAAAGGGCCUGCGGCAACAAUAUUGGCCAAGUGUUCAAGCUACUACGACAGAAAUGGGGAUAUAAACGUUUUGAAUGAAGAAAAAAGAACGCUUUUUGAGAGAAAUAUUGAGCAGAUGCGACGUGAAGGUCUCAAAACCGUCAAUUUAGCUUGCAAGCAAAGUGACAAUCAAAUGCUGGAAGAAGAAAAUUUGAUCUUGAUAGGAAUGCUAGGCCUGAAUAAGCACAAAUGUUGUGUGGAGACAAAAGAAGCACUUAAAGCUUUUCAAGAUGCUGGAGUAAAAAUCAAAUUGGUUUCAGAACGUGACUUGUUAGAGCUUCAAGACAUAGCGAGUGUCUGUGGAAUUGUUCCCACUGGCGGAUUAAUCGUGAAAGGCGAGGACUUCAGAAACUACGAUGAAGAAGAGAGGAUGGAUAAAGUAGACAAAAUCUAUGUGAUGGGUAAUGCUCUUCCUUCUGACAGGCUACUUCUAUUGCAAUGCUUGAAAAAGAAAGGCGCCGCGGUGGUGGCACUUGGGACCAGUACGAAGGAGUCCCCCGUGCUAAAAGAAGCUGAUCUCGGGAUCGUAAUGGGGACUUGGAGCAGCGAAAUGGCUGGAGAGAGCUCUGACAUCAUUGUUUAUGAUGGAAGCUUGAGUUCCUUGCUGACCAUCAUAAGCUGCGGAAGAUGUACUUACCACAACAUUCAAAAGUACAUCCAACUCGAGCUCGUCACCAACAUAGCAGGCACAUUGAUCGCGUCUAUAAUCACACUUUCGUUGGGAGACACACCGAUCACAGGCAUUCAUCUGAUUUGGGCAAAUCUUAUUGUGACAGUCCUAGCGGGGCCUGCUCUACUGCUGGAGCCACCGAAGAAAGAGCUGAUGCACAAGUCUCCAAUGAGGCAAAAUGAGCCCCUAAUUUCAAAGCCCAUGUGGAGAAAUAUAGUCAUUCAGUCUACUUAUCAAACCACCAUUUUGGUCAUCUUCCAUUUUAAAGGGCAAGCUGUGAUGGGCAUCACCAAAAAGGUCAAUAAAUCCAUGAUCUUCAACAGCUUUGUUCUGUGCCAAGUGUUUAACCAAGUGAACUCAAGAGAGAUAGAGAAAAUGAAUGUGCUUAAAGGGAUUCUUCAAAAUCCAUGGUUUGGAGUGGCUGGUGUAAUCAUAGUAAUAUUACAGGUGGGUUUCACUGAGGUCGCUUAUAUUCUGGUGGACAAUGCAAGGUUGAGUUUGGUGCAGUGGAGUGUGUGUUUUUUAAUAGGAAUCGGUUCUUGUCUUGUGGAUUUAGCUGCAAAGUGUGGUUUCGAGUUUGUCAAGAAUUGGAAAUUCUGUUCCCAUGUUGGAUCAUCGGCCACCAUGACACACUCCUCCUCCUCAGACUCGGUUUCCAAUCUAGAGCUUCGUUUGAUUACUACUUCAAAUUCCACAUCAAUGUCUUCCUAAUUCUCAGGUAUUGAAAAAAGUUGCUGAGGCAUCAUCCAUUGGUGCGAUGGUGAAGAAAAGAGAGUGGCGGAGGCAGAGCCUUUGUGACUUGAACUUGAAGGUUGACCUCUCUCUAGUCAACUGAAGAAGCGGAUAAAUCAGUGUAGCAUUUAAAAAUUAAAAAAAAAAAAAAAAAAACGUCGUGUACCACUUGCCUCCUCGUAAGAUAUUUAUC